AACAAACCGGAAUUACUAAAACUCAAAAGCUCAAAGCCCACGAGAAAUAAGCAGAGGUUGCUGCUAGGGUUUUUGCUGAGCGCACAUCUUCGACGAGAAGAGCCUUCUCUCUCCACCUCAUAACCUCAGCUGCUCUUUCACCAUGGCUGUCGGCAAGAACAAGAGGAUUUCAAAAGGAAAGAAGGGAGGCAAGAAGAAGGCUGUCGAUCCAUUUGCAAAGAAGGAGUGGUAUGAUAUCAAAGCCCCUUCAGUUUUCAGCAACAAGAACGUUGGGAAAACCCUAAUUACCCGUACUCAGGGUACCAAGAUUGCCUCAGAAGGGCUCAAGCACAGAGUGGUCGAGGCUUCCUUGGCUGAUCUUCAAGGUGAUGAGGAUCACGCAUACAGAAAGAUUCGCUUGAGAGUUGAAGAUGUUCAAGGAAAGAACGUUCUCACCAACUUCUGGGGUAUGGACUUCACCACUGACAAGUUGAGAUCACUUGUCAGAAAAAGGCAAUCACUCAUUGAGGCUCACAUUGAUGUGAAGACGACCGACGCCUACACUUUGAGGAUGUUCUGUAUUGCCUUCACGAAGAAGCGUGUGAACCAGCAAAAGGUUACAUGUUAUGCAAAGACCAGCCAAGUUCGCCAGAUUCGGAGAAAGAUGCGGGAGAUCAUGGUUAACCAGGCCCAGUCCUGCAGCCUGAAGGAGUUGGUGCAGAAAUUCAUUCCCGAGUCAAUUGGGAAGGAAAUUGAGAAGGCAACUUCAAGCAUCUACCCUUUGCAGAAUGUUUAUAUUAGAAAAGUUAAAAUCUUGAAAGCACCCAAAUUUGACCUUGGAAAGUUAAUGGAGGUCCAUGGUGAUUAUACCGAAGAUAUUGGUGCGAAGUUGGAUAGGCCUGCUGAGGAGCCAGUUGCUGAGCCAACUGAAGUUGUUGGUGCCUGAUAGAUUCCCUUGUUUUGAACUUAUGUCAUGUUUACUGGUUUUGUAUUAUCUUGAAAUCGAUACUAUAUUUGUUUUAGGAGUUUUUGUUGUAAGAGAUUUUGUUUUUCCUGAGUCUGGUAAGUUUUAUUGAUAAAUCUGUCUGAUCUGAUGUGGUGGUUAUAUUUAUAAAUGCGCAACACUCAAUUUUGUAUUUU